AUUAUUCCUUCGUAUAGCGCGUGUGCGUGCGUGUGUAUGCUCCCCAGUAUCCAUACAAAAUUAUUUAUAUUCACCAACGGAAUUUUCUUUGGCGUUGAGUGUGGGGUGUAUGUGUUACGAACAAAAUAUUUUUAGUUUUUUAAAAAAUAUAAACAAAAUAAUCAGAGACAAAAGUUGCAUAAAAUUAAAUAAAAUUAAAAAUAACAGAAAAUUAAUGAGUUGAAUAUAUAGUUUAGAUUCGAAAAAUGUUUUAGUAAAAAAUAAUUGUGAAAAAUCAAUAUUUUGGCUUUGUAAACUAAAAUGUUAUCGCAUUUAAGACAACAAAAUUAUCUGGUGACCGGAACCCAAACGGUCACUCUGUUGCUGACAUGUCUACUAGCUGCAAUGUGUCCCAUGACUUCUGCAAUGGAACAAGCUGCAGUCGGUGAAUUAUUUACAUAUAAAAUUGAACCGUUGCUCUUCAAUUGGACACGUACAGCGAUUGGUGCAGAAUUUCGUUACCGUCCAACAUUGCAAGGUUAUCCAGACUUACCAACUUGGUUGCGUUAUAUGUAUAGCCAUGAACAUCAUGCGGGAUUUCUGUAUGGCACGCCUACCGAUCGAUUGGCUGGUAAAGCAUUAAAUCUUGACAUCGUGGCGCUCAACAAAGCCAAUUAUGAAACACGUACCGUAGUGCUAUCAAUUUUUAUUUCUCAGAAAUUCCCUGCUCCAAAUGUUAUACAAAUGAAAAUAGAUAAUCUGAAUUGGGUGCAUUUAAUGGAUCCUGGGCGAGUGGAAAAUUUACGUAAUAUAUUCCGUAAAGAUCUGUGGACAGAAAGUGAAAACGAUUUGAGUUUAGUUUUUAUGGAAUCUGCUGUUAAUAUGGGCGGCCGUUUACCACUCCGACCACAACAGAGAGAAGGUGUCAUCGUUCAUUUGGGCAGUUUCGCACAAUUCUCUAAGCGUCUGAAAGAGUUGCAGGAAGAGGUACGACCAUUAUAUAAGCUACCUUCAUGCACCUAUAAGCGUACAUCCGUUCAGAAGAUAUUUGAAAGUGCUGGCUUUAAAUUGGAUUGGUGUGCAUUCAAAAUGGUCGGUGCAGAUAUUGCACCAGAAAUUUUAUUCCAUAAUCAUGGCAGUAAGGGCUAUCAUGGCUCCUCUGAGUUGGGUAAUCUUAAACGUUACGAUCGUUGGUAUGGUCUUGCCCGUGAAGAUGCACCAGUACGUAAUUAUAUUGAUGAGUUUGCUUUUGCCUUCGCAAUACCCGGAAUGAUAUUCGCUGUACUGUUGGGAAUCUUAUCAGCUAUACUAUGCUUUCAGCACGAGAAAUUACAUGAUCCGCAAUCAGAAAUUUUCUUUCAAAAUAUUUUUCACCUAUGCGAAGAAUCCUGCGGAAAAGAAAGUCACCAAUCCGACCAAUCAGAUGGUGAAAGUGAAUUGGCUGCUUCAUAUCCUACAACCUCCACCGUACAAAUGGUUCAAUGUUCUGAUACAAAUACAACUCAACCUAUAACAACAUUGAAAAGUCUCAAGGAUCCAAAUUGUUUGCUGGACAAUACAAGCAUGCAUUCACAAAGCCCGAAUAACAGCUACUACCAAACUGACAGUCCAUCAAAUACAUAUCUACGUCCGAAGCCACCACCAUACAAGGGUGGUACUCUAGGCAGAAGUGGUGUAGAUAUAUGACAAACAUCUCCGCGUAUUUUAUACUGUUAAAAACUUUUAAAAA